AUGGCGCGAGACCAUGACGUGGAUCCCAGCUACAAGGCCACAAUGGCUACUUUACCUCGGCGUGAUUGGUAUCACGCCAAAUUCAUGUGUCGUAUAUUCGCUUCAGAAGCUUUGGGUUUAGGAAUGAUCUGUUUUCUCGUUACCGUCCACGGUGGAAAAAAUGAGUUGCAGAGCGAUGUGUCUGGUCCGGUUACUGCUUCCGCAGCUUUUGCCGUGGCUGUAUGGAUCAUUGGACCGGUCAGUGGACCACAAGUCACUCCGAUUCUUUCUAUCGCAUUGAUGAUGACCAGACGUAUAAACUUUGUCUAUUGUAUACUGGGAAUAGCCGGUCAGAUUUGUGGAGCGGUCCUCGGAAUUGCACUCGGAUCUCGUCUGGUUCCCGGAUUGUCGGAGCGAUAUCAUUUGAGCUUACACAAUCCAGGAGUUAAUGUGACAGACGGACAAGCAUUCGGCCUCGAGUGUAUAUGCAGCUUCCUACUGAUCAUUUGCUGUAUGAGUACGAUUGACGAAUUCAGAAAUCCUCAUUGGGCCCAAGGACACGUGACCGUAUUCUCACUGGUUGUGUUUCUCCUCAUAUUGAUGCUGGCUUCAGUAUUGGCCAAAACCACCGGAUGUGGGAUGAAUCCGUCAGCCUCUUUGGGUGGAGCAAUUUACAACAACGAGUUCACCAAGAUAUGGAUAUACAUUGUCGCACCUAUAUGUGGCUCGAUCAUCGCCGUUCUGCUAUGGGAGAUGGUAAUCAGUGACGGGGCCUCAAUCGAGCGCACCAAACACUGGUUCACUGAUCCGAACUUCGAUCGUCACAAGGACUACAAACGACUUAAGCUUGAGGCACGAAGACAACACUAUGUCGAGGAAGCUAUGUUACGUAUCGUUCUGCACUGCUGGUAUAGUAUAUCUUUGAACAUGAAACGAUGUGGUUUUUGCGUCGAGGUUACAACAUAUUCUGAAUUCAGUCCAGUCUAA